AAAUUAAUUUCUUUUCCCAACUACUGCUCUCUCCCUCCCUUUCUUCACAUCAGAUUCACCGCCUCUCUCUCUUCCUUUCGACACUCUCCCUUUCACCUCACGGCUAACUCACCUUUAAACAUACAAGUUUGUUCGAUUUCAAAAACCAAACAUACAUAGUAAUAAAAAUUAUUUAUUAAAUAUCGCAAAAAUUAUCUAAUUUUUUAUAAUUUAUUUAAGUUUUAUUUUUGUUAUAUUUUGUUUAUAGAUUCGGAAUAUUUUUCCUAUUUUCUUAUAAGUUCAUAAAUUCUUAAUUAUCACUCCCCACCAUUAAAGUUCUAACCUAAUAUUCCACACAAAAGGACAAACGCCAAGAAAGAAAGGGAAUAUCUGAAAUUUAAAUGGAAGAAUAGACAAACAGAGCACCAAGCAGCAAGGGCGGCAAUGGUGGUACUCUAUGUAAUAGCCGUUAUUUGCUUCUUCAUUUUUCUUCACCUCUUCGAAUCGCUAUUCUUGAAACCGGAAAGACUACGAUCGAAGCUCCGUCGACAAGGAAUCGACGGUCCUUCCCCUUCUUUCUUCCUCGGAAACAUACCGGAAAUUAAGAACAUUAGAAGCUUAAAAUCAUUCGAUGAAAAAGAAGAUUCGAUUGCUCAUGGCUGGUCUUCCAAUCUGCUUCCCCAUUUGGAGCACUGGCGGUAUCGAUACGGAAGAAACUUCGUGUAUUCGAGCGGGACGGUUCAAAUAUUGUGCAUAACAGACGUUGAGAUGGUGAAGGAAAUUGGUAUGUCAACCAAUUUAAGUUUGGGAAAGCCUGCCCACUUUUCAAAGGAUCGUGGGCCGUUAUUGGGCCUUGGCAUUUUGGCAUCAAGUGGCCCACUUUGGGUCCACCAAAGGAAAACUAUUGCUCCUCAACUCUAUCUUGAUAAAGUCAAGGACAUGACAAAUCUUAUGGUGGAAUCUGUAAACUCUAUGGUAAAAUUAUGGGAAACCAUAAUUGAAAAUGGUGGAGGAGAAUCAGAAAUCAAUGUGGAUGGAUAUUUUAGAGCCAUGUCGGCUGAUAUUAUCUCGAAAGCCUGUUUCGGAAGUAAUUUUUAUGAAGGGAAAGAGAUCUUUCAAAAACUCAGAGCUCUUCAAAUUAUCAUGUCCACAGCAACCAUUGGUAUUCCUGGGUUCAGAUAUCUCCCCACCAAAAACAAUAGAGAAAUAUGGAAGCUUGAGAAGGAAGUAGAAUCAAUGGUUUUGGAUGUGGUAAACAAACGAAUCAAGCAGUGUUCAAACGAAAAAGACUUGUUGCAAAUAAUUAUCGAGGGUGGGAAAUGUCUUAAUAAAGACGGUAACUCGUUGAAGAUAUCUAGAGACAAGUUCAUUGUUGAUAACUGCAAAAACAUAUACUUUGCUGGCCACGAGACAACGUCAAUAACAACAACAUGGUGCUUGAUGUUAUUAGCAAUACACCAAGAUUGGCAAACUCGUGUUCGUUCUGAGGUGCUUGAAUGUUGUCAAGAUCGCACUCUCGACGUUGAGACCAUUAAGAACAUGAAAACGUUGACAAUGGUGAUUCAAGAGACACUUAGGCUGUACCCACCAGGAGUUUUUAUCACAAGAGAAGCACUAGAAGACAUAAAAUUCAAAAACAUCACGAUUCCAAAAGGAAUGAACCUUCAGAUUCCAAUCUCGUUGCUACAUCAUAGUGUUGAUAUAUGGGGCCCAGACGCGCUCACGUUCAAUCCCCAAAGGUUCAGUAAUGGUAUCCUCAAAGCUUGCAAAAAUCCGCAUGCUUACAUACCGUUCGGGGUCGGGCCUCACAUAUGCGCGGGCCAACAUCUUGCAAUGGUAGAACUGAAAGUGAUUGUGAGCGUUAUUGUGUCAAAAUUUGAAUUCUCUCUCUCACCUUCUUACAAGCAUUCCCCUUACUUCAGCUUGGUUGUGGAGCCUAAAAAUGGAGUCAUUCUCAAUCUAAGGAAGCUUUGAUCUUUCUCUUAAUUUACUUAGGAUAUGAAAAUCUUGUAGAACUUGUGAAAUAAAUUAGUUUAUUAGAUAUUUACAGGACAGCACAAUUUGGGUUUGAACUUAGAUUGUUUUAAUUGUAUUGUCCUUAGUUACAUCACCUUGUUAGGCUAGCCAGGACAAUUUCUUUAAUCCUUAAUUAUAUAUUUAGUUCUUAAAUUGAAUUUUAUUAUAUUUU